AUGAUCAGCGACCAAGAUCUGGAGCAUCUCCGUCUGGCAGUCUCACUCGCCCACGAAGCCCUCGAAGCAGGAGACGCCCCUUUCGGUUCAGUCCUCGUCUCAUCAGAAAACAAAGUCCUCCAAACCGACAGAAACCGCACCGUCACAGGCUCUAACGGUGAUGGUCGUGCUGAUUCGACGCUUCAUCCAGAGUUCACUCUCGCACGCUGGGCACAGCUCAACCUAAGUGAUGAAGAGCGCGCCAAAUCCACUGUAUACACAAGCGGCGAGCACUGCGCUAUGUGUUCUUCUGCCCAUGCGUGGUGUGGACUUGGAAGGAUUGUAUAUGCUUCUUCGACGGAGCAGCUGGAGGCUUGGAAGGCCGAGUUUGGUGUUAAAGCACCGGUUGCGCCGCUGAGUAUCAACCAGGUUGCUCCGGGGCUUACCGUCGAAGGACCUGUUGAAGAACUGGCUAAACAGGUUUAUCAGUUCCAAGUUGAGAGUUGGACGGCCAAGGGCUUCAAGCCCAAGUCCAAGUCCAAGGCUUGA